AUGGGUCUGUGUUUUCCAGGCUCCUCUGCCUUGUGGGGUCCAAGUGCCGUGAGUGGCCCAGAGGGAGGCUCCUUGUCUGUGCAGUGUGGUUACGAUGCAACGUUCAAGACCUACAACAAAUGGUGGUGUCGAGGGGCUGUUUGGGGUCCCUGCCAAAUCCUCGUUCAAACCACUGGCUCAGAGCAGGAGGUGAAGAAGGACCGAGUGUCCAUCAGGGACAAUCAUAAAAACCUCACAUUCACGGUGACCAUGGAGAAGCUCAGGGAAGCUGAUGCCGAUGUUUACUGGUGUGGGAUUCAGAGAACGGGAACUGACGAUGCCGUCCGGAUGACAGUCUCAAUUGGCCCAGCCCCCACCACAGUGUCUAGCUCUGUGACCAUCAGAAUGACCACUGGGCCUCCCAUGUUCAUGCCAGCUACCAGCAGGCCCAGCACAACUCGACAGGAGACCCCCGGUCCCGGACAACACUCACAGUCUCUGCUCAGCAGCGUGCACUUCCUGCUCCUGGUCUUCCUGAAGGUGCCCUUGUUCCUGAUUAUGCUCAGUGCUGCCUUCUGGGUGAACAGACAUCAGAGGGUCCCUAGGACCAUGCUGGGUCACCCCAAUCAGGAGCACCUCUAG